AAAGCCUCAUGCCUCCGUACGGCUCACUCCUGCAAGGUCGGUUUCGCGUUGCCCGAGCAACAAGUGCACUUUUAUGUAUGGCUGUGCAUAUGCAUAGACGUAUAGAUAAGAAGCAGAGGGAGGAGAAGCGAGGAAUGGAGAGUCGUCGAGAGCUUGAGAAGCAGCCCUAUUAUGUGCUCUGGUACAAUGGAUACGUAUCUAGGUCUGUCGUGCACGGGUUUUAUUGGCCGUUUAAGAGCUGCUGGUUCGCCGGCGGCAUCAACGUCAAAAUAGUGUGACGCAAGAGCGUGUACGCCCGCACAUGUUCCGUCGAAAAACGCGAGGCUUUGAAAUCCUUUUUUCAACUCUCGACAAAUUGGAUUUAGUGUCGAGCCGCAACGACGCCGCCGCGCUCCCUCUCCUCGAUAAUAAUCGACUCGCCGACUCACCCCUCCGAUCUCGUCCUCUGGCAUUUUCAACAAAUGUCGCUUCGUGACAUUAUCGUCGGAGGCAUUAUAACCCCGAAGGAGAGAAAUUUUGUCACUACGCGUCGCCGCGACGGGAAGUGACCCAAUUUUCCUCUUUUUCGGGGCUUCUGUCCCUGCGCCCGAAAAUCUUCGGCUCGGCCGGUGUACGAGGCCCGGAGGGAGGGGCGCAGAGUCACAGGAGAAGGGAAGCGAGCUGCGAAGACACGUUGCUUCUCGGUAAGAUCAAUGACGGACGUUGAGGUCGAGCCGAACAAGUUUCGUCGGUCUCUGAAUAAUUGAAAAUCGAUCGACAAUUAACGUGUGCGGCCGUGGGCAAUAAUUAAUAUGUUAAAGUUUCAUAGAGCGUCGAACUUGAGGACGAAUGUCGAGUGUCCGAUUAGUUGGGUAAUAUCGGGCGGGCGAUGUUCGGACCGCGUUUGGCGAGAAUAUUGAAAGCUCGAGCGCCCUCCCCCGUCGCGUUGUGUAGUUGCUAAUAGGCGCAGGAAUUGGGAGGGGGGAAGGGGCGCAAAGGAGAGAGCCGAGGCGCAGGCGCGAUCGACAGGUCAAUCGUACUAGUGUCCGCGAACUCACGGCGCGUCGCGCGUCUGCUGCUCGCUUCAGUUAUCUCGAUCGCUUCGCCCGGCUGCGAAGCGAGUCGCGUUUGUCGAGAUAAUUUCAAAGUUUCUUAGCGCCGUGUGAAUUUUAUUUCCAACCGAAUCUCGGACGCGAAGAUCGCCUUGAGGGAGACUCGACGGUUUUUUAUCUCUUUUCCUCUCCGGCGCUGUUAGCAGCCUCGAUGUCGAACGACGACACGAGCAGGAACGAUGUGUCAGUUGCGGUUGCUCAUUUCCUCCAACGAUACGGUUUCUUCGGAAUGAAAUGCGUUUAAAAACACAGAGGUUGGCCUCGCCUCGCGAUGAGCAGCUCCGAGGCGCUCGGACCGUCAAUUAGUCAGCGCAAUUUCCGGGCCCGAUCAAACGAUCCUUCUCAUUUCAAUUGAAGCGCAAACGUCGCAGUUUUUUUUAAAUUGCAUCGCGCGAUUGUGAAUCCGCGGAGUGUCGCCCGCGGAGAUUAAAGAUUAAUCAAUAAUUUAGAAACGAAUCGACAUUCUCCGGCGGCAUUGAGAUCGAACAAUCUUGGAAUAUGCAGACAGGGAGAGAUUACUAUGCGAAAGCAUGGGGAUUACAUCGCUUGUACGAGGGAAAAAGCGGGGAAUCGAUUGAGCUAUUAUUGGAGGGAUUGGAUCGAUAAAAUCUUGGAGAAUUCGGGAUCGUCGCUGAGAGAGGAUCGCGGUGGUGAGAAUUCGAUUGAACGAAAAUCUUUGAGAACGAGGAGAGAGCGGAGCGGGAAGAAGCGAAGGAAGAAGAAGAAGAAGAGAAGAAGGAGAAGGGUGGAAGAAUCGUACAACAAGUGGUCGCCGGGGUGGCAGGCUCGGGGAGAAUCGCGUCACUGCGUCGUGUUACCGCUCGGAGAAGAGAUAGAGGGCGGGGGCGAAAGCGGAAGCGCGAGAAGUUGGUCAACUGGGAGCAGGUGACGGGGAGGAGUGGAGACGACCCCACAUGGACGCCGAGCCCGGUCGUGCCGCUGCUGCUGCCGCCGCUGCCGCUGCCGCCGCCGCUGCAACCGCCUCGGAGCCCACACCGAAAACUCGCAACUUUUUCCCCAUUCGCUCAUUCGAACGAUACUUUUUUCCUGCCCGCCAAAUAUUUAACCUGACGACGAAGAGCGCGACGGUUACGGGAAGCGCGGCGACGCGACCGAUCACCAAAGAGAGAAUCAAACCGAAAAUAACGCGAUCUCGAUCGAGCCGAUCCGAGCAAUACAAAUCAUUUGUACGUAUAAGAAAAAUCAGUAAUUCCUCGAGAAGUUUCACGCAGGAAAUAGCGAGCGGGGAUUCAUCACUGAAGUGCCUAAUAAACCGUUUUAAAAUUCCGGUCCUUAACGAAGACUGCCACGAUCGGACGCUUUCACAUUUCCCAUUGAGCCUCGCGAGGAAUUCAAAAGUCGUAGCCCCUUCUUCUGUUGACGCAUACCCUCAAAAUUCUUCCCCGGCCCAUCUUCCCAACGAGAUUCUCGCGAAUCAUUGCCCGCAACGAGGAGGCACCACCCGUUGUUAUCGGGCACCGCUGGCGGUGACCAAUUUUACGAUAAAUUCACCAAACGACUCACCGCUAGUGCCAUUUUACCGAACGAAUAACCUACGAGCUCGAAACUAUUUUAUAAAAGAAGAUUCCCCGAGAGGCAAUUCCGCCGCCGUCGCAUUCAUCAUCACCGGCCUACCACCCCGGACAUCGACCACGAGGACCGGGAGGAGGAGACGGACGACCACGAUCCUUCACGGGAGAUUCGAAAAUCUCCGCACAAAGUACCGAAAACAACCCUCGUAAUCCGUCCAAAUACGUCAACGAACCAACCAGUCGAGACUGAACGAUGUCACGAAGCGCCGCGACACGUCCCGUUGAAGAAACGGAGAGGAGGAUUCGCGCGAAUAAUCGCGAGUACAACUCACAAUUUAAUUAUGCGAACAACUACAUCAAGACGUCCAAGUAUUCGGUUCUGACGUUCCUGCCAUUGAAUUUGUUUGAACAAUUUCAACGGCUCGCCAACUUCUACUUCCUAUGCCUACUGGUGCUUCAGAUGAUACCCGCGAUAUCCUCCCUCACCCCAAUCACCACAGCAAUACCUCUUAUCGGGGUUCUCAUGCUCACUGCCGUCAAAGAUGCCUACGACGACUUUCAACGACACAGCAGCGAUUCGCAAGUAAAUAAUAGAAGAUCGCAAACUCUACGGGGGACAAAUUUGAGGGUGGAAAAAUGGUCUCAGGUCCAAGUGGGUGAUGUAAUAAGAAUGGAGAACGAUCAAUUUGUCGCUGCCGAUGUGCUGUUACUUUCAACGAGCGAACCAAAUGGCCUCUGUUACAUCGAGACGGCGGAACUCGAUGGGGAGACGAAUCUCAAGUGUCGACAGUGCUUGAUCGAGACGGCCGAGAUGAUGGACAACAACGAACUUGUUGGGGAAUUCGAUGGCGAAAUAGUCUGCGAAACUCCAAACAAUCUUUUGAACAAGUUUGACGGGACGCUCACGUGGAGGGGUAACAGAUACGUGCUCGACAACGACAAAAUAAUCCUGAGGGGUUGCGUGUUGAGGAACACGCAAUGGUGCUACGGCGUGGUGAUCUUUGCUGGCAGAGACACGAAGCUCAUGCAAAACUCGGGAAAGACGAAAUUCAAGAGGACUUCGAUCGACAGACUGCUUAAUCUCCUCAUCAUCGGAAUAGUAUUCUUCUUGCUGUCAUUGUGCGCAUUCUGCAUGAUCGGUUGCGGAAUAUGGGAGAGCCUCGUCGGACGUUAUUUUCAAGUGUAUUUACCGUGGGACUCGCUGGUUCCGAGUGAGCCGCUCGGUGGUGCAACCGUGAUAGCUCUCCUCGUUUUCUUCUCUUACUCAAUCGUAUUGAACACCGUCGUACCAAUCAGUCUUUACGUCAGUGUCGAGGUUAUUAGAUUUGUACAAUCCUUUCUAAUCAAUUGGGACGAGGAAAUGUAUCACGCCCCGACCAACACCCACGCUAAGGCAAGGACUACGACUCUUAACGAGGAACUUGGACAGAUUGAAUAUAUUUUUUCUGACAAAACGGGAACUUUGACGCAAAAUAUAAUGACUUUUAACAAGUGCUCGGUCGCGGGUAAAAGUUACGGAGACAUAAUCGACGACGUUACCGGUGAAGUCAUCGAUCUCAGCGAGAAAGUGGCGAAAACUAUCCCGACGGGGGGGACGAUGCAUUGGAAAAACGGCCAGGAAUUUGUGCAUCGAGUUAAUAGCCCGAUUAGCGGUGCAAACGCGCGUCUACUGGAACAAGCGGAUGGAAUGUCGAGCACGACGCCGGAGCCCAACAUCAUCGAAGGUUCUACGCUUCACGCAGAGUCCUCAACCGUGCCACCGCUGGAUUUCUCCUUCAACAAGGAUUACGAGGAAGAUUUCAAAUUCUACGAUCCGGCGCUCCUGGAAGCAGUGAGAAAGGACAACGAGGACGUUCACAGUUUCUUUCGUCUGUUGGCUCUCUGUCAUACGGUAAUGCCCGAAGAGAAACAUGGGAGACUCGAGUAUCAGGCACAAUCGCCCGACGAAGCGGCCCUCGUCUCAGCAGCGAGAAACUUUGGCUUCGUAUUUCGUGAACGCUCGCCAAACAGCAUAACGAUCGACGUUGCCGAAAAUCGUGAGGUUUACGAAUUGUUGUGUAUCCUCGAUUUCAAUAACGUGAGAAAACGAAUGUCCGUAAUAUUGCGUAGAAAUGGGCAUUUGCGACUCUAUUGCAAAGGCGCUGAUAACGUUAUUUACGAGAGACUGAAGAGCGACAGCGAGGAUAUUAAGAACAAGACGCUCGAGCAUCUUAAUAAAUUUGCGGGAGAAGGACUCCGGACCCUUUGUCUUUCCGUACGCGAUCUCGAUGAGAGCUUUUUUAAUGACUGGAAACAAAGGCAUCAGGAAGCCGCAGUUAGCACAGAGGAUCGCGACGACAAACUCGACGCGAUAUACGAGGAAAUCGAAAAAGACAUGACGCUUCUCGGUGCGACUGCUAUAGAGGAUAAAUUGCAGGACGGUGUGCCUCAGUCCAUUGCUAAUUUGGGUCUCGCUGGUAUCAAACUUUGGGUUCUUACCGGUGACAAACAGGAAACGGCUAUAAACAUUGGCUACUCUUGCCAACUGCUCACCGAUGAUCUCACGGAUGUAUUUAUCGUCGACGCGACGACUUACGAUGGUGUAGAGACCCAGUUGACACGGUUUCUCGAAACAAUAAAGACGGCCUCGAAUCAUCAAAACAGGCCGGCUCUCUCCAUCGUCACAUUCAGGUGGGACAAGGAAAGCAGCGAUACAGACUACAACCACAGGGAUGAGCCUGAAGAACACGAACCAGAAUUGCCGACCGGAUUUGCCGUCGUUAUCAACGGACAUUCUCUCGUCCACGCGCUCCAUCCACAGCUUGAAUUGCUCUUUCUCGAAGUCUCCAGCCAAUGCAAAUCAGUAAUAUGCUGCCGCGUAACGCCGCUUCAAAAGGCAAUGGUCGUCGAAUUGAUUAAAAAGAACAAAGAAGCAGUAACACUAGCUAUCGGGGAUGGUGCGAACGACGUCUCGAUGAUAAAAGCGGCCCACAUCGGCGUCGGGAUCAGCGGUCAAGAGGGCCUCCAAGCUGUCUUGGCUUCGGACUAUUCGAUAGGACAAUUUAGAUUUUUAGAGAGACUGCUGCUCGUCCACGGCCGAUGGUCGUAUUAUAGAAUGUGUAAAUUUCUUAGGUACUUUUUUUACAAGAACUUUGCCUUCACCCUGUGUCACAUCUGGUUUGCCUUCUUUUGUGGAUUCAGCGCACAGACCGUAUUCGAUCCAAUGUACAUUUCUGUCUAUAAUCUGUUUUACACGUCACUGCCAGUCUUGUCCGUCGGUAUAUUCGAUCAGGACGUCAAUGACAAAAACAGUUUAUUGUAUCCGAAGCUGUACACACCGGGACAUAAAAAUUUGCUCUUCAAUAAGAAGGAAUUUUGUUGGAGCGCUCUGCAUGGAUUUUUUGCCAGUUGUGUCCUUUUUUUGGUACCUUACGGAACUUACAAGGACGGAGUGUCGCCCAAGGGCUAUGUACUUUCCGAUCACAUGUUGCUGGGCAGCGUGGUAGCUACUAUAUUAGUCAUAGUCGUUACGGUUCAAAUAGCUCUGGACACAUCCUAUUGGACGAUUGUCAAUCAUAUUAUGGUGUGGGGCUCGGUCAUAUGGUAUUUCAUUCUAGAUUAUUUCUACAAUUUCAUCAUAGGCGGGAGUUACGUCGGUAGUCUUACAAUGGCAAUGUCCGAAGCGACUUUCUGGUUCACAACGGUAAUAACGUGUAUAAUACUUGUGAUACCAGUCCUCUCGUGGAGAUUCUUCUUCAUAGACGUAAGGCCAACGUUGUCAGACAGAGUUCGUCUCAAGCAGAGACUCGCGCAAUUGCGUUCUCGACAGAGUCAGGAUAUACUGCGUACACCUUCGACAAGGCGUACCCGAAGAUCCCUACGUUCAGGUUACGCGUUUGCCCAUCAAGAAGGUUUCGGAAGGCUCAUAACUUCUGGAAAAAUAAUGCGGAAAUUGCCGAACGGCUCGGACUUCAAGUUCGCGAUGCCAUUCACGAACAACGUCUCGAAGCAAGUGAAUGUCGCGACAACUUCGCCCAAGGACAGUGCCUCGCGCAACUCUCACAGCUUGGACACUAUUAAUCUGUGAGAUUCCUUAAUACCGCCGGGCUCAACGAUAAAUGAAAAUCGAAAAAAAACGCGCCAGUUUCACGGAGCUCGAAAGUGUGAAAAACUGAAACAACAAUCCUCGUGGUGCGUUGAUGCAUUGAUGUUUCCGUUACCGUCUAUUGGCUACUUUUUACGUUCGAACAAUCCCGCGCGUCUUUCUUCACCUGAACCGUUUUUGUUUUUUUGUCAAGUUCGUCUUGACAUUUUGAAAUUAUACCGUUCUUUUUUUUUCUUUUUUUUUUUUUUUAUCGUUUUUCGACAGACCUGUCAAUCGAUGGUCCAGAGUCAGACACGCGUGUAGGAGACUUUCUCCAUACGAGAUUCAACAAUAUAUACGUAACGUAUAUGUGACACAUUUAACUAGCACGGUGUGGAAAAACACGUCACAAAUAUCCAGAAAACACCGGAUCUUCUGUGGCCAUCGAUAUAGAAAAUACACACAAAUACGCAAACACACUCACACAUAAAACAAAUGCGUGCGCGUGCGUUCAUAUAUGCUCGUGCAUUGUUGGAUGAUGGGCUUAUAGUAAUUACAAAAUGAAUCGUGAUGGCAUUUACUGAUAGCUCAUACCGAAUAAGCUAUUCCAAGCUGUCGCGGUAGAAAACAACAAAAAGUUAUAAUUUGAUGUUGAACUGAGACGAGAAUGACGAGCGAAAAUGUUUUGCCGAGUAUUAGCUAUGAUCUCUUAAUAUAUUACCCAAAAAUAACUUCAAAUCCCCGGGUUUUACAUGGUUAUACGUCCUUCCACAAAUGUAUAGAUAGUUUUUAUGAGAGAAAAGAAUGAUGAGUGUUGGAAGUAAAAAAGCGAAAAAGUUGCCAUUAAUGUUCGUUCGUUCGGCAAAUGAAGAAUAUUAUUCGAAUGAAAACAGUAUUCAGUGAUUUAAUCAAAGCGGAUCUUGGAGCAAAAUCAACUAUUGGGACGUAUAAUCAUAGUGACGCGAAGAAAAAACACAGACAAACAGAGCCCUGGUUUAGAGCCUCCUAUUCGUCUAUUAUAAUAGAGUUAUGCCAAUUUACCACGAGAAAUGAAAUAUUGUAAAAAAAAGUUGACGUGCUAUGGUGAUAUAUAUGUCCCCACAUAUAUAUUGCUUGUAUACUAAAUUAAAACCUAUUACAACCACACACGUUAAACGGUAAUAGAUACAUUGAUAAUUGCCUUUAUAAAACAUUAACACGACAAAAAACGAUUAUUGAUACUGUACCAUAGUAUUGAUUGUAAAUAUUUUAAAGAGAUAUGUAUGUGUAUAUAUAUGUGUAUAUAUUAGCUUGUAUAUUCAUGUAUAUAUACAUAUACGUAUAUUAUAUAUUAUAUUAAAUGUUAAGUAUACAUUUUUUAAAAGAAAGUAAUAUAUAGGUAGAACGAUCUAAAGAAAAUGGAAGAAUAAUUAAACGGGGAUAAAAGAAAAAUAAACCAACAUAAAAAUUGUAGCUAUAUUAUAUUAUCGCGGAUAAUGUUUGCCUUGGACUGACUACUGAAUAUAUAAUAAAUAUUGAAGCAAAUGAAAAAUGAAAAGAACAAAAAAAAUCACACGCAGUAGCAUCAAUAAGAUAUGUAUUUCUACUUUGAAUAUUACGAAGAAGCAGCUUAGGGAGGAGGAUAGUCUGCAUCGAGGAAAGUGUGUGUUCACAAUCAAAUUGUAACGCGUUUGGACGAAAUAACCAGGCCCUUUUUUUUCUCGUUUAACGACAGCAUUUUAUUUUUAUUUUGCACUUUUCUCAAUGUGUCUGAGAACAAAUUGAAACGAAACGUAAUGCGUGAGAUUUUUGGUACAUUCAUUAGACUACCUCUUAGUUCUCUUAUGAUAUCUCUUUUUAGUCUCGCUACUUUAUGAUGUAUUCACUCUUGUUUUUGUUUGUGUUAACAAAUUUUCUACAGUGUACACAUGCACUAACAUUCAAACGAAAAAUAUACACGCGCGAACGCUAUGGAUUAUUCAUCAAAUGCGAAUACGCCAGUAAUACGUCGUAAUACGAAUGAAACAAAUGUAAGCAUUCAACCCUCACCUUUCUUUUGUUUAUCUAUUUAAUUAUUUUUUUAGUCCAAGGUCUUUCGAACAUGGAAACUGAUGCGUACGAGUAGAUAAAAGAAGAAUAAAGGAAAGAGGAGAUCGUUAGAAUGAUAUAGCUCAUCAUUUUUAUCGUUCGAUUAAUCCCGUUUAUUUGAUUCGGUGGAGGGAAAUACGAGGUGAUAAAUCGUCAGUGUGCUUGUAUAUGUCAGUGCGAAAAUAACGAACCGGUGAAAUAAUGUGAAAAUUAUGAAUUAUAGAUCACGAGCCUAUUUCGAGUUUUCUCCUUAUUUUCUCUCGUUGGUUUCCAAUUACAUUUCUUUUUUUUUGAUUUUUUUUUUUUAUCAAUGACGAGAGUAUGAAAAAAGAAUUCUCAUGCACACAACAAUGUUAUAUAUUUUUACAAUGAACCGUACGUUUAUACACUUUUCGUUUCGAUUAUAAUGUUAAUUGCGUGUAAUAUAGUUACAAUUCUGAUAUGUGAUUUAAUUAUUCGUGCUGUACAUAUAAAUUGGUUGGUUCACUGACGAAGGCCGCGCUGCUGCGAUUAGUAAGAUAAUCCCAUUGGAAAUUGUAAUGAGAGGCGUGAUUUUUUCUUUGUUAAAUCUUGAUCGCAAAUGCAUGGGCCCAGAAAGAAUACAGAGAAUGCUAGUUUUUGUUUUGUUUAUACCUCGCCGAUUAUAAAAUUAAGUCGAAAUAUAUUAGUGUUACUAUUUUUUCUUGCAACGUAUUAUUACAGACCGAUACACAUGCGACGAGAGUGCUACGUGCACCUUACGUUGUGAAAUAAAAACAGGAAAACAGUGCGUGUCCUCUAGAAAAAUUGGCCUGUCAUUCAACUUACCUAAUGCAUGGUCAGGCCGAGAAAAGUAUAGAAACAAAUAUUCACUUAAAAAUAAAAAAAAAAUAAAAAAAAAACAUUCAGAUCUUUCUAAAUUGACUGUCGAAUUUUAAAUCAAGCCGAUGGGUACACGCCGCGCGCCAUAAUAAGUCGAGUAUUUUCCAGCUUUGAGAUGGGACAUGUUAUUUUCACUGUUAUGUUUGAAACGGUAUCUUGAGUGGAGCGUAGAUCGCUUCCUUAGGCCGUUUAUCGUAGAUGCUAAUAUCAUUUGUUGGUGAUUUACGGAAAGAAUUCUUAUUUAUAUUUUCUGCUACUCAUCACGGAAAUGUAAUUGUUCGAACGCGGCUCAGCUCGCAAGAGAAACUCAGGUUGACACACACACACACACACACACACACACACACAUCACGGUCACACCACACCACUCGUUGCGCUCGAAAUUUUGGAGUACUCACAUUAAUCCGAUCAAUUAUGUCGAUUCGUCACGAUCAAAUAUUUUUACCUAUGCGGUCAUACGACAAUUAAAAUUGUGGAACGAAAAUCAAUAUUGUUACGUAAAAAAAAACAAACAAACAAAUACAAACGAAUAUGUUCCUCAUGCAAAUGCACAGAAGGAUGAGAAUAAUAAAGUAUUAAUUAAAAUUCUUA